AUGACUUGCAUUCUGGGUAACUGGUGAUUAAAAUUAUACUACCAUGAAUCAUAGGAGGAACAACUCGGGUCUUAAAUUCAACUCGCAGCUUUCUUCAACAUUCCAGUUUCUAAUGGUGUUACUCAAUAUCUGUGUCGUAUCUUGAGAGCCCUUUUUCUACAUUAAAGAUACAGGAUUUGGAGAAAAAAAGAUAACAUAUCAGCAAUGAACAAUACAACCAGCAAUGACUCAUCUUAUUGUGAUUCACUUGGAUCCACCUAUAAUGCAGCUUUAAUAGCAAUUUACACCCUUGUACUCAUGGGAGGUUCUACUGGUGCCAUCAUCAUGACGUGGAAAAUAAAAACCGACAGCAAAUCUGUGACAUCCACUGCCAUGGUCAAUCUUAUAUUGAUGCACACGUUCUUUCUCCUAACUGUGCCUUUCCGAAUCUCUUAUUACAUUCUUGAUAUGUGGAUGUUUGGUUCAAUAUUUUGUGAGCUGGUUAGUGCAAUGAUUCAUGCUCACAUGUACCUGUGCUUCAUGUUCUACGUGGCCAUAAUUGUCGUAAGGAUGAUCAGUUUCUUUCAAAAAAAGAAGACAAUGGAUUUUUACCAACCUUGGCAUGCAGUUGCUGUGAGCCUCGUUCUCUGGGUCCUGGUGAUUGUUGCUGUUUUCCCACUGUUUCUAACAUAUUUUGACAGCUCUGAAAAGGAUGAUAAAUGUUUUCAAUUCACAGUUACAAGUGCAUCAUCAUAUGUGAAGGUUAUGAACUAUCUUGCAGUUAUUACUGUGUUAACAAUUUUAGGUGUUUUACUUGCCAUCCAGAUGGGCAUAAUGGUACGAUUGAUGAUCCGUUACCAAAAUACUUUGCGCAACCAGCAAGAAUUUGGAGCUCAAACAAAGACACUGUUAUUUAUAUUAAUUAUGAUUUGUUUUGUUCCUUAUCUUGGAUUCAGGCUGUUUUAUGUAAGCCAAGAGCAAUGUUCAAAAACCUUAAAUAUUAUGAAUGAAAUAUUUUUAGCUCUGACUUCAAUGAGCUGUUUUGAUGUGCUUGCUUUCCUAGUGGCUUCCCACUGAGAAUUCAGCAAUUUUCGACUUAAUUUUGAGUCAGUAUCAAUUUUUGUGCAUAAUAUAAGCAUCAUUCAGGUUUCCAAUGUGUCUUAAUUGUAGUUGAUAAAAAGUUAUAUAUUCAUACACAGGGCACUGUUUUCCGCAAGCACAAGGUGCAUGUUCAGGCAAACACUUUUGUUUUUUAAAACAAAAACAUGGGAACAAUAUGAUGAAUUUUCCACUGAAACAUCACAACUAAUCUAAGUUGACUGGCCAACAAUUCAGCACCCUUAUCUCUUGCUGUAUAAAUUGUUGCUUCCUUUGAAAUAGGUAUUCUUGCAUUAAUGUCCUGGUGAGUGCAAGAUGAAAAUGCUUAAACAACAUGUCUAGUCUUAACAAUACUCAAGGCCUAUUCUACCAGGUCAUUACUUAUAACUUAAGUACCUAAAGCAAUAUAAUUAAUGUAAAACAAUGGUUUCUGUUACGAAUGUGAAUGCUGAUGAACAGUUUCAGUGUGGACAGCGGUUUCAUAGCAAUGGAUUCACUAAUCUGUGAAUCAAUUCUAUCAGAUACCAGUUAUUAUUCAGAUGUGAGUUGGAGUUUAGCUGAAUCUUGCAUGGGUUCAGAAGGCUUUGCAUGUGAGCCCACAAUCUAAAUGAUGCCAAAUAGCAGCAUAAAAAGAGCACUGCAUUGUCAAUGGAAAUGUAAUUUCUAAGUGUUAAACUGAGAUUAUUUUGGAUAUAUUACUUUAUGAAAGAAUGGGAAGAGUUGGUGGGGGAAAAUUGCUCAAAUCCUGUCAAUUUUCCUCAAUCAGUACCAUCCAAUGAUAGAUUACUGGGAAUACAGUAUACUACCAUUUAUGAACUCUUGCUUUGUGCACAUAACAUGCCCAAUAUUCUAAACAUUGGAAAAAAUAUUGUAAUUUUUUGGGAGAUGGUUUAAAGUCCAAAUCUUUAUAUAUUAUGUACAAAAUUUGCUGAUUAACACAUCGCUAUCAUUCUAAUUAGUUCUUCACUUCUACAUUAAAGUACUGAUAACUCCUAAAGUGUUCAUCUUCAUAAUGUGAUUAGGCAAAUUCCAUUCCAGGUUUUGAUACAGAAACAUGAAUUUAAUUCAAACUUUUGAUAUAGGCAGUAAGGACUGUGAAAGAGGAAGAUGUCAGCAAAUGAGGAAGAUAGUGGAGUGAACACUAUUGCACAAUAUGCACCAACUGUUUUGAACAAAGCAUGUCACUGUUCUUUAUUAACCAUUGAUCAUGUCUUGUCUCCUAUGUUUCCUGCUAAAAUUAAAGGCCUAUGACACAAGAGAAAUGGAUAAUCUAAAUGGCAAAAUUGAUUGUUUCUUCUGCUGAUCAUAAGUUCCACGUCAUUGUGGUUAAAGUAAAGGUGAUGUCUUGAUUGUAUUUGCACAUCUGUAUCGAUCAAUAGACCAAUACGUUGUGAUAAACUAUUAUAAAUUGAACAUGAUAUUUCAUCAUUAUCUGUAAAAUGACUGAUAAUGCACUAUGAUAAUGGAACAAGUCAACUGUAGAUCAGAAUAAGCAGUAAUCACAGCUGCCCUUCUCUGAAAGACAAUAAAAACCAGUUGAGUUUUGAUAGA